AUGUACGCCUUCUACUCGCUGCUCAUCUACAUCUUCUACAGCCUCUUCCGCAGGGAUGGCGCGGCCGCGGCGGCCGCCGACCCCGAGGGCCCUGCCCAGGUGAGCCGCCGGCCCGGAGGUCGCCGCCGCCCCGGCCAGCCCGCCGCGGAGCUGUGGACCGAGCUGAGCGGCUUGGUCGGCUGCUCCGAGUCCGAGGAUGGGCCGGGGCGUGGGGGGACCCAGGGCCGCCCCGCGGAGGUCUCCCUGGAGGAGGCCCUGGUGCGCCUGGCUGAGUUCCUCUCGGCGCAGCUGGCAUCGGAAGGGAGCUGCGGGAAGCCUCCUGACGCCAGCCAGCCUGGUGAUGUUCCCCCGCUGCUCACAGUGACUGGCCAGCUUCUGGCCCUCCUGGCAUGGACCCGGAGCCCCCAGGGAAGGCAGGCCCUGUCCCAGGGGACACAGCCAGCUCCCUGACGGGUCCUCCCUGCCCCAGGGUCCACAUCCCCAGGAGAGAGCCACUCGCCCCCGUCGCAGGAUGAGGCUGGGGGCCAGCAGCCUCCGGGGCCAGAGGAGGAGCGGCAGGCUUGGCCGCAGCUGGAGCAGCUCAUCCUCGGACAGCUGGAAGAGCUGAAGCAGCAACUGGGCCUGCAGGAGGAGGAGCUGGGCCGCCUGCGCCUGGGCGUGGGGGCGACGGACUCAGAGAAGAGAGUUCAGCACCUCACUCUGGAGAACGAGGCCCUGAAGCAGAGCCUGAGCCUCACUCGGGACCUGCUGCUGCACUGGGGCCCCAUCUGCCCCCCCAGGGACCCCCAGGGAGCAGCAGAGGCUCUAGGGGAGCUCCAGGGCCGGCUUCAGGAGGCCCAGGACACCACGGAGGCCCUCCGGGAGCAGCUGGGGGUGCAGGAGGUGCAGCUGCAGGGCCUCCGGGGGGCCCUCCGGCAGCUCCAGCAGGAGACGGAGCAGAACUGCAGGAGGGAGCUGCGGCAGGUGCACGGGCAGCUGGCAGGGCUUCGCGCACGGACGGCCAGCCUGCGGCAGGGCUGCGGGGACCUCCGGGGCCUGGUCAGCACCUUCACCCAGAGCUGUCAGGGCUCGCUGAGUGAGGCCCGUGGCCAGGUGUCCUGGGCCCUGGGGGCGCUGUCUGCCAGGUGGCCGGGGCCUCAGCCCCCUGAGGAGCAGCGGUCCCCCACAGGCUGCCCCGGGCGGCUCCUGGAGCUCAAAGGGAACAUCCGAGUGCUGUGUCGGCUGAGGCCGGGGCCGCCCUCCAUCCUCGUCAGCUCAGAGCCCGGUCCUGGCGGCACGGUCACCACCUGCUACCGAGGGCGCCAGCGUCGCUUCCGUCUGGACUGGGUCUUCCCCCCAGAUGCCAGCCAGGAGGAGGUGUUCAGCGAGCUGGAGCCCGCUGUGCUGUCCUGCCUCCGCGGCUACAGUGUCUGCGUCUUCACCUACGGCCAGACUGGGACUGGCAAGACCUACAGCAUGGAGGGCCCGCCUCAGGACCCAGGCAUAGCCCCCAGGGCGCUGCAGUCGCUCUUCAGGGAGAUGGGGACCGCGGGGCAGCACCGGGUGACCCUCAGCAUGCUGGAGAUCUACAACGAGGCUGUCAGGGACCUCCUGGCCCCGGGGCCUCCCGAGCGCUUGGCGGUGCGGCAGGGCCCCGCCGGCCAGGGUGGGGUGCAGGUGGCCGGCCUCACCACCUGGGACGUGCCCAACCUGGAGACCCUGCACCAGAUGCUGAGCCUGGGGAGGAGCAACCGGGCCACGGCCGCCACCGCCAUGAACCCGCGCAGCUCCCGCUCGCACGCCCUCGUCACGCUGACGCUGCGCGCGGCCGCCCCUCCGCGCGGUCCGGGCACCGCAGGCACCCUGCACCUCGUGGACCUGGCCGGCUCCGAGCGCGCCUGGAAGGCGGGGGCGGCCCCCGCGCCGCGGGGAGACCGGGACGGCGCGCAGCGGCUGCGCGAGGCCCGCACCAUCAACCGCUCGCUGCUGGCUCUGGGGGGCGUGAUGGCCGCGCUGCGGGCCCGCCGGCCGCACGUCCCCUUCCGCGACUCGCAGCUCACGCGCCUGCUGCAGCCGGCGCUCGGCCCCGGCGCCACCGCGGUGCUGCUGCUGCAGAUCUCCACCCGACCGGAGGACCUCGGGGAGACCGUCUGCUCGCUCAAGUUCGCCGAGCGGGUGGGGCAGGUGGAGCUGGGGCCCGCCCGGCGCCGCAGGGCCAUGCGCUCCGGGACCCCCUCCUCCCUCAGCACCGACACGCCCCUCACCGGGACCCUCUGCACCCCCACGCCGGCCCCCGGCAGCCCCCCCAGCCCGGGCCCCGGGAGCGGCUCCAGCGCCGCUCUCCCACCUGCAGAGGACCCUCCUCCUAGGCUGCCCUGAGGAGGGUCGGCACCCCCACCUCCUCCGCCUCCAGCCGCAGCCCCCACUCCCAGCGGCCCCCAGCCCUCCAGGAGUGUUUGCCUGAGGAAGGGACUGUCCCCACUCAACCCCCCACCCCAGCUCCCCCUUAUCACCAUUUGCUGUUAUCAGGCACACAGCAGGGGACCCUGCGCUGGAGGGCCCGACCGGCCGAACGCGUCACCCAGACCCUGCCUCCAAAAACCAGACUUGGUGUUAAAGUGUCGUUGGUUUCU